AUGGGACUACUUCUGGACAGCUUUGACGAAGCGCUCGAGCUUGGACGCUAUCUCGUUACGCCCCCAACUCGUCCCCUAGCAGUUGCCUCAGGUGAAUCUACAAGGCGGGCAGAAGAACCCAAGGUUCGCAUCAAUGUGCCUUUUUCGGUAUGGAAUUCAUUUGCCAAUGCGGCACUCCAGGCAAUGGAAGCCGGCAGGCACUUUGCCAACGAAAGUUCACCAAAGUGGAACGAUGCCAGGUACAUUGACGUGGAGGGCGAUGUUGCCGAGGCCUCGAGCAUGUAUCUCCUCCACGCUAUCGACAGUGUUCUAUCAGCGUAUCUGCCUGCUGGGUCGUUUCGAUUCAUGUCACAGCACACUCUCCACGGGGACAACUUCUCGGUUCGGGCUGAUCGCAUUUGGGGUCUGGGCAUCCCCGACACCCUGGACCUGGGCGCCUACUUUGCCAUUCUCGAUUUCAAACGGCCCACUCUUAUUGACCCAAAUGACUUUGGCAGAGCCUUGACUUGGUAUGAGUUUAACAGGCGGAACUCGACCGGCUAUCUUGCACCUAGCUUUGAGAACAACUCACAGGUUCUCCUAAAACAAGCCGUUAGCUACAGUAACUUGUAUCAAACCAAGUUCGUCGCCUUUUUCGACUGGCACACGCUGGUGCUCGUCGUCCUCGCGGAUGCCCAACGUAUCCUCGGCGGCCAGUAUUGCUUCGUUACAAUCGUGACGGACAGAAAGAAGAUGAUGCGAGCGCUGUUAGGUUUUCUUGUACGGGCAUACAAUGCGCGGAUCAACCCUGUCGAGGACUACACCGACCUUGCGGGCAGUGGGAAUUUGGAGCAGACAGCUCUAUCCAAGGGGAAGCGCGGAACUGGUGGCCUCGGCAGCGGUAGCGGCGAAAGCAGUCGCCAUCGUCGCCGAUAA